AUGGCUUCUGAUGCAGCAUCCCAAGUCACCGUUGGGGCUCUCAGUGCCAUCUUCGAUGAGACCAAACCCCAGGUCCGAGAACCGAUCGUUCAGUGUGUCCAAAUCAAGGCGUUGCCACCUCAGCCAAACCAUCCAGACCGAUACCGGGCUGUUUUCAGCGACAUUGCGAAUUAUGUCCAAACAAUGCUUGCCACCCAAGCGAACCACGUGGUGACAGAUGGUUCCCUCAAGAAGGGUUCCUUUGUACGACUGAAGUCAUUCCAAUCAAACUCUGUCAAGGGCAAGAAAAUCCUCAUCAUCUUGGACCUUGAAGUUCUGAAGGAACUGGGCGAGGCUGAUAAGAUUGGUGAACCCAAGCCACUUGAAGUGAAAGGCGAGGAAGAGGAGGCUAACCAACCCACAACAAUUUCGAGCAACGGAUUUUACGGCUCCAAGAUGGAGGGUGCGCAGGCUCAACCGGCCAGCCGGGCCCAACCCAUGCGACCCUCUGCGGCUGCCACUGCCCAUGCCACAAUCUACCCCAUCGAAGCUAUCUCUCCGUAUUCCAACAAAUGGACAAUGAAAGCGCGAUGCACCAGCAAGUCCAAUAUCAAGACAUGGCACAACAAGAAUGGCGAGGGCAAAUUGUUUAGUGUCAAUCUAUUGGACGACAGCGGUGAAAUCCGUGCCACUGGUUUUAACGAUCAGUGUGAUGCCCUUUAUGAACUCUUCCAGGAGGGAAGUGUUUAUUACAUCUCAAGCCCUUGUCGUGUCCAAAUUGCCAAGAAGCAAUUCACCAAUCUCAACAACGACUAUGAGCUUACAUUUGAGAGAGAUACCCUCGUCGAGAAAGUAAGCACACUGCUCACUGUUUAUUAUGCCUUCUCCCCUUACCUUCUUGCUUACAGCGUGGCUAACUCUCACGCCCUACAACAGGCAGAAGAACAAAACGAUGUACCCCAAAUUCGAUUCAACUUCACCACUGUUGCUGAUCUGCAGACUGUUGAAAAAGACACGACUACCGAUGUCAUUGGCGUAUUGAAAGAUGUCGGUGAAACAUCUCAGAUUGUGUCAAAGAGCACUGGCAAGCCAUACGACAAGCGCGAACUUACGCUGGUAGAUAACACUGGAUUUUCUGUCCGCUUGACAAUCUGGGGCGCAACAGCGAAAAACUUUGGUGUCGCGCCCGAGUCGGUUGUUGCGUUCAAGGGAGUUAAGGUUUCAGACUUUGGUGGAAGGAGCCUGAGUCUUUUGAGCUCGGGCUCAAUGACUGUUGACCCUGAUAUUGGCGAGGCUCAUCGGCUUAGAGGCUGGUAUGACGCUCAAGGCAGGUCGGAAAAUUUCACUUCCCAUGCAUCAUUGUCCAAUGCUACAAAUUCAUCCACGAAGACCGACAAGUUCAAAACUGUUGCACAGGUUCGGGAGGAAGGGCUGGGCAUGUCUGAGCAGCCGGAUUACUUCUCCUUGAAAGCCACUGUGAUCUACAUUAAGCAGGACUCUACCUGGUGCUACCCUGCCUGUCUCUCUGAAAACUGCAACAAGAAGGUAACAGAGCUUGACCCCGGCCAGUGGCGCUGUGAAAUGUGCGACAAAACCCACCCCAAGCCCGAGUAUCGCUUCAUCAUGCCUAUUAGUGUCAGCGAUCACACCGGCCAGCUUUGGCUCAGUUGCUUCGAUGACACCGGAAGAAAUAUUAUGGGAAUUUCGGCCGAUGAAUUGAUGCAACUUCGUGAAGAUGACCCUAUCGCCUACGGUGAAGUUUUCCAAAAUGCCAAUUGUCAGACAUGGAGCUUCAGGUGCCGAGCAAAGAUUGACAACUUUGGUGAACAGCAACGUGUGCGAUACCAGGUCUCCUCUUCUCAGCCAAUCAAUUACUCCGAAGAAGCCUCUCGCCUUGCUGACAUCAUCAACUCCUACAGCAUUGAUUCCCACAUCCCACAAUCAGUCAUGGGUAAACGUCACCAUGACUCAACGGAGCAGCGACCGAAGAAGAAGUCCAAGUCUGAGAAGCCCGCAAAAGCUCCCAAAGACAACGAAAAUGGAGACGAGAGGUCAACACAGAAAACAUCUUACUCUGAAGCCCCUGCUCUCUCCAAGCUUCCUCAAUCGGAAAUUGACACCUACAUGAAUGAAAAGAUUAUCAAAAUCACUGAUCCUCUAGUCGAUGCGCCCAAGUUCCGUCCACUCCUCUCGUUUGACUACUUGCCAGAAUGUGAUACUGCUCUGUACUCUCAACUGAAGGCAUUCCCCGCACCAACGCCGAUUCAGUCUACCACCUGGCCACUUUUGUUCGCUGGUCGUGAUGUGAUUGGCAUUGCAGAGACUGGAAGUGGCAAAACAUUGGGUUUUGGCUUGCCAUGUCUCAAGAAAUUGAUCGACUCCAAGCCAAGCAAGAAACCCUGCCACCCGAGGGCGGUGAUCAUCUCACCAACUCGAGAGCUUGCCAUGCAGAUCUAUGACCAGCUCAUUAAGUACGCCAGCUCCGAGAAGACCACAGUGACAUGUAUCUAUGGAGGUGUAGGCAAGGAUGAACAGCGUUACGCCCUUCAGAAGGCUGCCAUCGUCGUUGCCACGCCGGGUCGUUUAAAGGAUCUGCAAAACGAUGGCUCUGUGAAUCUUAGCAAGGUUAAUUACCUCGUCUUGGACGAGGCAGAUCGCAUGCUUGACAAGGGGUUCGAACAGGACAUCAAGGAUAUUAUCCAGCCAAUGCCUGUCUCUAGAAGACAGACAGUCAUGUUCACAGCAACAUGGCCUCGGUCAAUUCAAAACCUUGCAGCAACAUUCAUGAACGACCCUGUGACUGUUACCAUUGGAGGAGACCCAUCUGCGGAUCCUCGCGCCAACACGAGAAUCAAGCAAGUUGUUGAGGUUGUUGAUCCCCGAGACAAGGAAGGCCGACUUAUCCAGCUACUCAGUCGGUCUCAAAAGGGUCAAUCGCCGGAGAAGGUCUUGGUGUUCUGUCUCUACAAGAAGGAGGCUAUGCGAGUGGAGAACCUUAUCAGAAACAAAGGAUUCAAGGUUGCUGGUAUCCAUGGUGAUUUGAAUCAAUCUGACAGAUUCCGCAACCUUGACUCUUUCAAGAAGGGCACUGCCACCGUCCUUGUGGCAACCGAUGUGGCGGCACGUGGUCUUGAUAUUCCAGCCGUGAUGCUGGUCAUCAAUGUCACCUUCCCUCUGACUGUUGAGGACUACGUGCACAGAAUUGGAAGAACUGGUCGUGCUGGGGCUGAGGGACAUGCUAUCACUAUGUUUACUGAAACUGACAAGGGACUGUCUGGCGGAUUGAUCAAUGUCCUCAAGGCCGCCAAGCAAGAGGUUCCAGAAGCUCUGCUGAAAUUUGGAACCACAGUUAAGAAGAAGCAGCACGAUUCAUACGGCGCUUUCUACAAGGACAUCGGCACGGACAAAGCGGCUACGAAGAUCACAUUUGACGAUUAG